AUGAACGGCAAAGCAAUCCAACAAGAACAACAAGAACAACUAGAUAAUGCUGAUUUCGAAACCUGGUCUCAAGCUACAUGGAAAGCUUAUUUCAACUGGAAUUUAUGUACUUGCACUAUUGCUUAA